AAGCUUCCUGAGUUGAGAUUUGGAAACUUCACUGGUGCUCAUUUAUAACUUGGACUGUAAGCAUGAGUGAAUUCUGGUUGUGUUUCAACUGCUGUAUUGCAGAACAGCCUCAACCUAAAAGGCGCCGGCGGAUUGACCGAGGUAUGAUUGGAGAGCCCACAAACUUUGUGCACACGGCUCACGUUGGGUCAGGAGACCUGUUCAGUGGGAUGAAUUCCGUUAGCUCCAUUCAGAACCAGAUGCAGUCCAAGGGAGGCUACGGGGGUGGCAUGGCUGCCAACGUGCAGAUGCAGCUCGUGGACACGAAGGCCGGAUAGCCCCAGACCCCUACUCCACGUGAUGGCGUCUUGU